CUCAGAUCUGAAUUCACCAGGAAGAAGUUCUGGGACAGAACCGACUGGCGAAAACCAGCAACCGCAGCAUUUUACAACAAGUACGGGAACCGGAACGGCAGACACCGAUCGGACAAAUAAGACGACAUUUGCGCAGGGCCACGGCACUCCAACUUCCGGAAGUACUGCUUCCGGUGGAGGCAGCGCCUCUUCAACUUUCUUUUCCACCGAAGCAGGAAGAAACGACGGCACAAAUCAUGAUUUACGGUGUGCGGAC